AUGGAUAAAUUGAUGUCGGUACUCUUGAUUGGAGGCCUCAUACGGUUUGUAUUACCCACAAUUUUACCGAGGUUGCCGUUGAAUUUAUCAUCAUCUAUAGAAAUAGCGACGCCGUUAACUUCGUUUAAAUCGCUACAAGAAGCAUUCUACUAUUUACAACAUGAUAUUAAUUUAUACGAUGGAGGAGUAAAUCAUCACCCCCCAUUAUUAGUUAUUUUGCUUAAUGCUAUUGACGAAUAUUUACCAAGGAGAUUGGGUGAGAUCGUAUUCAAUGGAGUAUUCACGGGAGUAGAUUUGAUAAUUGCAUGCCGAUUGAUACACAUAAAUAAAUGGUACAACAAACAUAUGUCCCAGAGAACUGGAAGAUCGAUACAAGGUUUCAGUGAUGAUUUGAUAGCCGCAUUUUACUUGUUCAAUCCGCUCUUAAUAUUGACGAACAUAUCACACUCGACGUUGUGCUUCACCUUAAUGGCAAUCACUGAGUCAUUGUAUCAACUAGUGAUACGCAGAAACCUCCCAAGAUCCGUGAUAAGUAUGGCUAUAGCGAGCUAUCUUUCUUUCCGUCCCAUAUUUUUGAUCAUUCCCCUUUUGGGAUUGGCUCAUUCGCUCGACAGAGAUUGGAAAACAGUAUAUGCCCACGGAAUCGGUUUGUUUACGUCCGCAUGUGGUAUAUUGGUCUUGACAUCUUUCAUGAUGACGGCGUCGUUCCAGUUCCUCGAUCUGUGCUACGGAAUUGUCAUCAAAUUUAACAAGAUCACCCCUAAUCUCGGCUUAUGGUGGUAUAUCUUCACCGAGAUGUUCGAUUUCUUCACGCCCUUCUACGUGGGCGUAUUCAACCUCUUCUCGAUAAUUUUCGUCAUCCCCUUCACCUUGAGGCUCUUCGAAUUCAACCACAAGUCGGCCAAACCCACGGGAGACGCAUUUUUGGCCGUGGUCACGUCGUACAUAUGGCUUUCGUUUACAAAAUCGUACCCAGCCGUCGGCGACCUUGCCUUUGCCUUGUCGCUCAUCCCAAUCUUCAAAGACACCGUCAUUCCCCAUUGCAAGUACCCAUUCUUAACGGCGCUUGUGCUCUUGGUGGGGUUGCUCUUGUCCCCCAUUUUCUACUACUGUUGGAUCGUCUUGGGCACCGGUAACUCCAAUUUCUUCUACAGUAUCAAUUUGGUCUGGGGUAUUGUCCACGGCUUGAUUCUCACCGAUUUGGUUUGGGGCAAGUUGAUCUUCGACUACAUCGAACUCAAUGACGUUCCCGCCGAGCAAAUCCCGAAGUUGAGGCUCACCCAGAUCUGA